GCAGAGUAAUUACAGUUAACGGACAGCUAACUCGUCCGGUCUUCCCUGAUCCGAUCAUCCACAGAGCGUUGGAUAAGAUAGUGGAGAUGACAACGACGCUUUGCUUCUUUGAACACACCCGAUAGCGAGUCUAACACUAGACACAGCAUUAGACUGUCCAAGACUGAGUUUAGUGGAUAACGAUGUUCAUAGAUAUUACUCAGCAGCACUGUUCAAAAAUAGAGUGAGAGAACCGUUUCUGGUGGAAACAGGAUGCACAGACCAGAGAUGAUCCAGACCGUGUUCUGUUCAACCUGAAGCAACCUAGCGAACCGGUGCUCUUGGUGUUAUCCGUUUAACUCCGUGGUCUUGGUCUGUGGGUGUGUAUAUCGUUGUCAAGUCGAGUAGGAGGAGGAGAGAGGGGAGUAAGAGAAAGAGGAGUAUGGGGAUUGGAUGACAUUUGCCACUUGGAGGACAGACUCUCUUGUUAUUGGGUUGGGCUGGCAUGGAUUAUCCCUGUCUAUGGGCCUCGGAGUAUGUGGGAUGAGUACAAGAUAUGAGUAUCUUGACCAUAAGGGCUCAACAACUACUAUGCAACAAGUGAAAAGGACAGAGUAUCAACAACAUACUGUAUAUAGUAGCAGUGUAAACAACAUGUACCAGGCGAACAGUGACCACAUCUCAACAUCUCCGACCCACCGUCAAAAGACGUGGAAAUUACCAAAUUGAUCUCACCAAACAACUAGUAAACAGAGUUAAAAGACAGAAUCCAAUCGACCAGACUAACAAAUCAAAACGCGACCAGACAACCAGAGAAAAAAAAAAAAAGCUAGUCUUGAACGGGUUACCCGCCACGUGGAGACCCUCGUUUAUCCAAAUCGAUUCGAUACUCCGAUGGAGUUGCUGUUUGUUUGUGUGCCUGGGCCGAUGGGGGCGUGGGGACAGGCAGAAACAGUGGAAGCGAAACGAAAAAAAGGCGCGAUUAUCGACGACCCCGACCGAGGUCGUGUGCUUGCUUGCCGUUCAGUUGGGAGUGGCGAAUAAGAUGGAUAAUCAUCUACAGGGGGAG